AUGACACGUGAGAAGCACUUAUUGAAACCUGCUGUUACACCGGCUUCUUUAUCUGCCGUUGAUGAUUGGGUUCACGUUAAGCGACACUAUCAAGUCACACCGAGUGUAUGGGGAGAUGCGACACUAAUUCAAAAAGCCAACUUUAAGUAUGGCCACCAGGGCAAUUUUCGCGCCUUGCGCAAGGCUGAAAUUACUGUCAGCAUCGCAGACCGGAAUUUACGAUUUUCAAAUCCGCAAAUCUUGACGCUUUCUUCGUCGUUGCACCGACUUGUACCCCUUCAGGUGAACUAUCCAGCUGUAAGAACGUUCAUGAGUCUUUCCGAGAAGUUCAAACGCUUCGACAAUGCGCAGCUGUACCGAUCCAGACUCCGCGCACUUGCAACUUCAUGCUUUGCUGAAUCAUCCACUCACGUUCAAGUCUUCCAUAUUGGCAAAGAGGCUCUCAAAUUAUUCAUAAAACUGUAUCUAGAUUUAACAUCUACAACGUUUAAAGGUGGUUUAAAUGAGCUCAACGCGAUUCUCAGCAAAUCGUCUACCGCAACCUUCUAUUUCUUGACCCAAGAGUUUUCAUGGAGUCCAAUCCGCAUCAGCCUCGAAGAGUUCGAAGGGAUCUCAGAAUACCAUAACAUCUUUCCCGAAUUCGCCGACGUCGUUCAGAGCUUUGGCAUCAAGUCCGAUGAAGACAGCCGCAGUUGGGACGGAAGUCAUAUGAAGGAACACGUACACGACUCUUGCAGCAACAAUUUGACGAGAAUUGGUAAGUUGAAUGAAGAAGAAGCUUCCAUUACUAAAGAACUGUUUGCAGAAAUAUGCUACAAUGUGCGAUAUGCAGAACCCAAUGGACGAUCUCAAGGAAGUCCCUGGUCGCUUCGGCAAAUGGGGGUGUAUCACGCUUUUUGUAAGACAGAUCGGACGUCCGUGUGGGUCUUUAUACAACCAUCAACCAACUUCCGUUCAAAUUUUGACUCAAUGUGUCAAAACGAUUCUCUUCAACAGGUGUUGAAAGACUCGGGAUGUAUGUUCCUCCACGAACAUGUCUUCUCGAUUCUCGGAUUGCAUUGGCAUGCUUAUUUACAAUUUCUCCAGGAAAAGCUCAAUGGGCUGGUAUUACUGUUUUCCAUAUGGGCCUGUUUCUCCAAAGUGGGAGGGAAACGAAAUUGGGAUUAUGAGGUAUCGUUUGCCGACUGCCAGGAGCUACAACUAUUGGAGAAGAAAUCCCAGCGGACACGGAGAAUACUAGAUUCUCACGUGGAGGUGCUGAGGAGAUAUCGAGUGUUUUCCUGUCUGGGUCUAAAGAGGAACCCUCAUGAGCUGCGUCGAGUAGAGGAGAUCAUGUCCCAGCUAAUGCUACAUCGGCGGAGUGUCUCAGGAAUGAUAAGUCGAUCAGCUGGAAUCGACAAGCUUCUAGCUCGCAUUAUGGAAUUCCGUGGCAAUGAGCUGCUGCACAGCAACGAACGAGUUAUGCAGGACCAUCUGGAAUGUCUCAGGAGCAUUGCCACAUAUAGCCAGAAAGAAAAUGAAGGGAUGGUCAGUGUAUCCUUACAACUACGGGAAGAUUCGAGGGCCAUGAAGGUCCUUACGAUGAUUGCCACAACGUAUCUUCCAGCAACUCUGAUCGCUACCAUCUUCGGGUCAUCCCUGGUUCAAAAAGUCCAAGAAUCCUCACACGUCUCAAUUCUGGAUUUACUGCGUUGCAUCCUUGGGCCUGACGGCGCUGACAUGGGGGAUGAAAAUGAUUCUCGAUCGAAGAACAGACAGGGGACGAACGACAUGCCACGUAUGACAGCCUACAUAUGCACUAUGUGGUACACGACGUGGCAUGGCGAAUGUGGCGAACUAUGCGCGGGGCUUUUAUCUCAGCAAGCUCAGACGGGAUGGGGAGAGGGCCUCGACAGGGGCAAGCCCCUGCUAGUAGCCUUAGGAAUCCACUCAGAGGCAUAUGGGAUUAGGGUCGAGCUAGGGUUGGAGCCGAUACGGAGACCCUUCAGAUAG